UACAAAAUGUUAUUAAGGAUAUUCUCAUCUGCUGUUUUAGGCAUUGCCCUCUGUCUUCACUUCUUCCUUUACUAGUUCAGUCUUUCAAAGCAUGUGUGUAAGAUCCGGAGCGGACAGUAAGACAGAAGUUUACACGGCUUAACUGACCUUAAACUGAGUGUCCUGUUAUGGCAAAUUUUCUAACCAGGAAUCUUCAUCUGGAUCUCUGCGUCGUCAUUAUUCUCCUGAUUCAUGCAGAUUAUUCCAAAUCCAAUCAAGAACAAAGGAUUCAGCAGCACAUCAACAAGACAGUGUUUGUGGAGGAAACAGUUACACUUCACUGCAACAAAACCGAGUUUGAUGAGGAUGUCACAUGGAAAAUGAACAACUCUGUUAUUUUUAGUCAUGAGUCUUACAGUAACAGAACAAUGAGAAAUUUCAGCUCAAGCAGGAUUCACAUCGACCCCACAGCUCCAAGAGAAUUAACAAUACAUCAAAUACAAGCGUCUGAUGCAGGAAACUACACCUGUUACCCAACAGCAAUAAGAUGGACAUUAACAACAACAGAAAACCAGAUCAGACCAAAGUCACUCAAAGAAAUGGCGCUGCACAUAAUUAUCAUCAUCAUCUCAUGUUGUGGAGUCAUAAUGAUCUGUCUGAUCAUCACCAUCAGCAUCUGCAUUCACAGGAAACUGAGGCAGAAGAUGAACUCGAGUUUAGAAAAGGAGGAUGUGAAGAUGAUCGCUGACUGUGACAAACACACACUCACAGCCUGUGUCUACAGUCUACAUACAUGAACAUCUUUUCUUCUCAAGACAGCAGUGUCUGUGUCUGACACUCAUCAGAUGAGCAUCUCAAUACAGGAAGAUGUUUGUCAGUCAUUUUCAUGGGUUAGAGAGUGGGACUGUCACAAUAAUAAUAAGUGCAGUUCCAGAGGAUCUGAAAUUUUUCAGAGGAAAUUUCAUUUUCAUACAGUGUUAAUCUUUGAUGUGGACAACUACAGAUCAUUUAUCAUUAUCAAUAUAAAUAAUCAGCAUGUUGUGGUGAAUGGAAUACAGAAAUUAUUCAUCAGAGUGAUUAUUUAUUUCUUAUAAUUGGAUAAAAUAUUGAUCAAUGCGCAUAUACAAAGAUUAUGUCAAAUAUGGCGCUACAAAUCCCAAACAUUAUGACUUUGAUCCUGUGCUGAGUGAGGAUUGAGGUUAUGUUUUAGUGUACAAAUGUAAUAAUUCAUAAAAAAGAGAGGCUAAUAAGAGAUUUGAGAAUGGGAAAUGAAUGGGAAAUGGGAAUGCAGUGCUUAUAUAUUUUCAACAAUUUUGCUCAGUAAAUUAAUAGAUUGUG